ACACAAAAAACGUUCUUAUGGUUGAUGCAGUUGAACUGAGAUUGAGCUUUCUGAGCCUCAGAGCGCCACCUGGAGUGAACACGAGCAACGGACAACAUUUCCCCCCCAAUCCAAUAGUAUCACCCUCGAAGCCUUUGUGUCCGUUCAGGCCGCCAUACUCUCUCCUUGUGUUUGCUGUUUCUACUCGCACGAAGCCGAGGAUACCGACAGUCCUAAACAGGUUCAGGAUGGCAUCAGCAGUGAUCUCAGUGCCCACCACGGCGUCCCGCUUCGCUCUGCUGCAGGUCGACUCGGAUUCGGAGUCCGAUUCGGAUGCGGGGAAACCGAAGGCGGGUCGUGGAGCAGGGAAGCCCUGCUCAGGGAAAUCUCCCAGCGGGAAGACCAACCAAAAUAAUGACAAAAAGAAAGAGAAGAGAAGACGAAAGAAGGAACAGCAGCAAAGUGAAGCCAAUGAGCUCAGAAGUCUUGCUUUUAAGAAGAUCCCUCAGAAGUCAACAGCACCUCCCUCCACGCUCACGCUGCAGGAUUUAGCCAGUGAUCUGAUCAACCCGGCAGCGGUCCAGCACGGCUCCAAGCCCCAGGAGAGCUGGCAGGACUGGAAACAGAGAGAUGCACAGCUGACCAGUGACUUGUAUGAGGCGGAUCUGGAGAAGGCCUUGAUGCUCAGUAAACUGGAAUUUGAGCAGCAUAAAAAGGAUGCUGAAAGAACAGAGACGGCGUCACCAAAAGCUAAAGCAGGAGGAAAGAAGGACAGGAAGAAGAAUCAGCAGGGGAAGGACAAACGAGUGACUGUGUCUCUUAAAGACUUCCAGCAGGAGGGUGGCGUGGAUCAGCUGAACAAGAAGCCUGACAGAGAGGUGAGUGAUUAA